UAGAGUUGUUGUUUUGCGUUGGAAACCAGCUGAAUCGAUAAUCCAAACAAAAGUGCUAGUCUAGUCAUCAGGAUGUGCUGUUUUUCGUGAAAAACUAACGAAAAGUGGUGAAAAUUCCUUUCAAAAGUGCGAAAAUCAGUUCCAGAUGUUUUAAAGACGAACAAAUCAGUCCCAAAUGAGUCGUAGCGCCAAACUUAAGAGCGCCCCAGCCGGGGCCAAGAACGAGUGCGUACAGGUGGUCGUACGAUGUCGUCCGCUGAACAACAAGGAGCAGACCGGCAAUUUCCAGAAGGUGGUCGAUGUUUUCCCUAGCAGAGGUGUCAUCGAAAUACUCAACUGCAAUGAAUCGUCCCGGGAGAACAAAAAAAUGUUUACCUACGAUGCGGUAUAUGAUGCAAACUCAACCCAACAACAGUUGUACGAUGAGGUGGUUCGUCCAUUGGUUUGUUCCGCCCUGGAGGGCUUCAAUGGGUGUGUUUUUGCCUACGGUCAAACCGGUACCGGUAAGACGCACACCAUGGAGGGCAUCAAGAAUGACCCCGAGCAGAAAGGUAUCAUUCCGAGAGCAUUUGAACAGAUCUGGGCUCACAUCAAUCGAGCCCAGAACAUGAACUUCCUUGUGGCGGUAUCGUACUUGGAAAUCUACAUGGAAGAACUGCGCGAUUUACUAAAGCCCAACUCUACCACGCCAUUGGAAUUGCGCGAACGGGAAGGAGGCAUAGUUGUACCGAACCUACACUCUGUCCUCUGCAAAUGCGUCGAAGAUAUGGUUAACGUCAUGCACAUGGGCAACAAAAAUCGCACCGUUGGAUUCACCAACAUGAACGAGCACAGCUCUCGUUCACAUGCGAUAUUUUUGAUCAAAAUAGAAAUGUGCGAGAUUGGAUCUACUCUAGUCAAGGUGGGAAAACUGAAUCUGAUUGAUUUGGCCGGUAGCGAGCGGCAAUCCAAAACCGGUGCUACGGCAGAACGUUUGAAAGAGGCUAGCAAAAUCAACCGGGCCCUUUCCUCCUUGGGAAAUGUCAUUUCUGCUCUGGCCGAAAAGUCGCCACAUAUUCCAUACCGUGAUUCCAAAUUGACCCGUCUAUUACAAGAUUCCCUCGGCGGCAAUUCGAAAACUAUUAUGAUAGCAAACAUUGGUCCCUCAGAAUUUAACUAUAACGAGACGUUGACUACUCUUCGAUACGCCCAUCGGGCCAAGACUAUUGAGAACAAACCGGUGGUCAACGAAGAUCCACAGGAUACGAAGUUACGUGAAUACCAGGAUGAAAUUGCACGUCUUAGGCAACUUAUCACGGAACGCCAGACUCGAGAAAAACCUCCGCCCAAAGUUAAAAAGAUCAAACGGAAGACUUUGAAACGCGAAGAAAGCCUCGAAUCGGAUGAAAAAUCCGACUCCGAUGCAGAAGAAGAGGAGGAAGAGGACGAAAAGGAAAACGAACAAGACUUUAGUGAACUCGACGCCAAGGCUCAGGAAGCGCUUACCAAAGAACGUGAAGCCACGGCCAAUCUGGCCGCUAAGCUGAACGAGCUGGAAAACCAACUAGUCAAGGGUGGCAAAAACAUACUCGACACCUACACCGAACGUCAGAUGGAAUUGGACAAAAAGUUGGCGGAAAUCGCCGAGCGUAAAAAGCGCGAAAUUGAAAUGCAACAACAGUUGGAGCUACAAGAAGAAUCCACCAUGGAGAUUAGAGAAACAUUCACAUCGCUGCAGCAGGAGGUAGAGCUGAAAACAAGAAAGCUGAAGAAAUGCUAUGCCAAAUGCAUGGCACUGAAGCAGGAAUUGUCCGACACCCGCGACGAACACAAUCGGGAUCGGCGGGAGCUGGAAAUGACGCAGAACGAGCUGAUCAAGGAGCUCAAACGGUUGCUGCUGAUAAUCGAUAAUUUCGUGCCGGCCGAGGUGAAAUCUCGCUUGUACACCCAGGCCAAGUACGAUGACGAAGCCGAAGAGUGGUAUCUCAAUAGUAACAUGAUUCUGAGCAACCAUCUAGCGAUGGCCCGGCCCGUUGCCGAUCCGAACCGAAGACGGCCGAUGUCCGAAUAUGCGCUGCACCUAAUCAAGUCAGAUUCGGUUGAUGCUGUGAGGUAUAAGGGAGAAAACAUCAUAAAUUACGAGCUGGACAUGCCGUUGCGAACCACAUAUGAAUACUCUAAUCCGAAAGUGUCCGCUUCGCUCCAGGCAGUCUUGGCCGAGGCCAUGCAAACCGAGGACGACAUUGACAUCACCGAUCAGGCCAACUAUGCCAGCAUCAUGAAACAACGCCUGGACAAGAUCACCCGGCGCAACGUUGACCCGCAGAAUGGCAGCAGUGGAGCACUCAAUGGUAACGGUUCCACGCACGGUCUCGGGUCCGGUUCCGGCUCGAUGAACGGCAUUCCUCCGAGCAGCAGCGGAAGUGGAAUCGGAACAAGCGGAACCUUGGCUAGCAACCACCGUGCUCGUUCCUCGAUCUACAAUAACCGUGGAAUGUCGGCUGCACCCACUUUUGGAGCCUACUCUGGAUCGACAGCCGCCAGUUCCAGCAGCAAGAACAAGGCCUCACCGGCCAGUGCCGCCACAUUUCCGAAGGCGCGUGGUUUAAUACCGAAAUAGAUUAAGCGCCAAGGUGAAACUGAAGUACUCAUUUGAAGGGGGCUAUUCUCGAAUGCCUACCAAAAGCAGCAACAGAAAAAAAGAUCAUGCAUCUUUCAUUCUCUAAGAACAAAAAUCAUUCAAAUUUUCUCAUCUUCCUCACACAGUUCUUUGCACCACAAACGCUUAGCACCACUUUUCCUCCUUCUCCCACCACCCACUUUGGUUGCGCUUCUUUUGCCGAUGUUACAAAAUUAUGUUUGAAAGAACAACGCAUAUUUGAUGUAUCGAAUGAUAUUGGAACCUUAUUUCGGAGCUUGAAUGCAGACAAAGUUUCACACGCGCGCGCUUGAACUAAAAUAAAAAAAAGGAAAAAGGCUUGAGGGAAAGAUUAUGCAAAGGAAAAGUAAAAUCAAAUCCCCCCAAACACAAAUUGGGGGGAAAAGCUUAUUUCUUCAGACUUCUAUUUGUGACAAAUUUAACCAUGAACAAAAUAACUGUAGAAUUACCAAUAUUUUCGUAGAACCCUAGCCAAUUUGAAGUUGUAGUUCCAAAAUUUGUAAAUCGAUCGGUGUCUAUUUUCUUCCGUCGGAAAUUGGUUCUCCUUAUUUUAGGUUUUUCUCAUAGUUGUGCUGUCAGAUUUCAACCAGUUGUACAUAGGAGUAUUAUACAUUUUUGUUAAGUCUUCGUUUCAUUUUGUUAAAGUUGAUCACGAGUUUAUUACCGUUUGUUUUUUUUUUUCUUAUUUGUUACCUCUAUCAUAGGUUCAGAACAAAUACAUCACCACGAAGUUUUACCCAGAGCUAUUGUUUAAGAAAAAGUUGUGUUCCUUUCUUAUUAUUGUCAUUAUUAUUGCACCGCGCUUAGUCACCUUCAUCGCUUGGUAGGAUCACUUUAUUAUAAUAGGUAUAGGCAAGCAGCUUGAAUUUUGCAGAAAGAACAUAUUAUUGUAUAUCAUACAAAGGUGUAUUAAUAAUAAUAGUUUAUAGUUUAGGAAGAAAUAAUAAACUUUAUUUGCUCAUUACUUUCCACCAACAAUCAUUAGUUUUCUUUUAAGUAUGAUUUUAUCAUCAAGUUCAACACAUCUCUCAUUUUUGUCUAAAUAUGAAUUUUGGAUCGACGUUUGUCGAUCGAGUCGUCAAUGUUCUCAAGUAAGUAGAAUACAGUAAGGAGACUUGCAGCAAAAUUUCAACAAAUUUUAUUGGACACUGUUGUCAGUACUUAAGGAAAAAAGUACGAAAAACAUUUGAAUAACAAUUGCGAAAAUAUCCAAGUUUUGUUCAGUAAUAUCGCAUCUUUUUUUACAUUCGAUUUACACUCUUUUUGAUUGAAGGAAAUUAAAAUAGCUGAAAUUCGGUGCAGUAUUUUUUUUUUCAAUCAAAAAUCAAUAUGAAAAAUUUAAGAUAAUCUAUCUCUAAUGGUCUGAUUUCGGCCACUUUUAAUUCCAGAAGAUUAAAUUUGAAGUUCCAUUUAAACAACAAGAUUUUUGGUUUGAAACCCUUCAAACUCUUGAUCUUUUGACAGAAAUAAAGAAAAAUGUUUGUGAACCAUUUUUCUCAAGGUUAAACAUUUAUAUUAUUACCUCGAAAAAAAAAAAUGUAAAAUUUUUCAUUCCAAUUGAAAACAAGCCAUAACAAAACUUGCAUUUCAACUUUUUACCAAACAGCAUGACGAUAGUUUAUGAACGAGUUAAUGGCCCGUAUUCUGCGCCGCGCGUGACGUGAUGAUUCCCUCCUCACCUCGGAGUCACCGUGAGAUUUGUCACCUUAUUCCCGUAGUCGAUAUGGGUAAAGUGACAGAGGUUCAUUCUAGGUGACAUUAAAUUAACAUUGAAACUCGUAGUAUCGAGCAAUUGAUUUGUCCAAUAAAACUGUUUAGGUAAAAAUCGGUACGUACUAGACCAGGGGGAGAAAUUGAAAACAAACUGAAGUUAUCGUCAAUCGAUUAUCGAUCAAUUCGUUUGGACUGUUGGCAUCGAAACAGUUUUUUGUGUAAGUCUCAACCCCGUCUCCAUGUUACGUUUAUGAAAAGCAAAAAUGAACACAUUGCAGAAGGGUUUUUACAUGGAAUAGGAACAAUGUAAGUCACGCGAUUUCCAUACAGCAACAAAACUAAUUCCGUAUUUAAAACAAAAAGAAAUUUAUAGAAACCAGUUGAAAAAUAUUGUGCAAAACUAUGCUUGUUGAAAAUCUAAGAAGAAUGUAACGCACUCCAUUGUAUGAAAUAUAAAUAUUGAACCAUCCUCAAUAAAACCGAAUAAAUGGAAGCUAAAAACGGCUUGACACAUUCGACGAACCUGUUC